AUGCUGCAGUACUUUGUUAAUAAACUGUUCGGUGAUCUGCCAUCAAAUUUUAGCUUCGUAAUAGGGAAAAAAUUAUCUUAUGAAAGGAAAACAGGGUAUUUCGAAAUAUAUGAUGGUGUUAGUAAAAAUAAUGAAGACGUAUGUAUUUUUAUAUAUGAAAAGAAAAGUAAAGAAGAAAAUAGUAGUAUUCGAAGAUAUACAAGUAACCAUUUUAAAUAUUGUAAAAAAUUAAUUCAUCCAAAUAUUUUAAAAGUGUUGUAUACACAUGAAAGUGAUAAGAGAAUAUAUAUAGUAACCGAGAAAUGUAUUCCUUUAAUUUGUCAAAGAAUAAAAAGUGAUCCGAUAUGGGGAUUAUAUGAAAUUAUUAGUGCAGUACAUUUUAUUAAUAUGUGUAAUUAUAUUCAUUGUUUAAUAGGACCUUAUUCCGUUUUUGUUAACUCAAGAGGUAGAUGGAAAUUAUCAUUAUUUGAUUGUGUACAUGAGAGCAAUGAAAAUAUACACAAUAUACUGAAUGAUGUAAGGUAUCAUUUAUUUUAUAAUUCUGAAUGUUCUUCAAAUAGCAUGAAUCAUAUUCAUUCAAGUGAAUUAGAUAGUUAUGGGUUAGGUUUUUUGAUGACUUGGUCAUAUAAAAAUUAUAUUUCGUUAACAACUGUUUGCAGUAAUUAUCCCAUUUCCGUCGAGGAUGGGAAAUACUAUAAUAGGAGUACGAUGAAUGAUUCGGAUUCGUUUGUACCUGGCAUUUCUACAUGGGAUAAUGGUUUUUACAGCAACACUGUUUCUGCCACUUUAAGUGUAGAUAACAAUAAUAGACUCAGUAAUGGUGAUAAGAAUACUAGUAAUGGCGAUGAGUGCAUACCGAGGAGCCUUUACGGAAUAUACAACAUGCUCAAGAAGGGAAUAUGUGCGGGGUACAGUAUGAGAAGCAACAAUCGCGUUGAUCUUAGCGUUAUACUAAAUGAUGAUUGUUUGAAGAAAAAUACUAUCGUGAGUACCAUGCUAUUCUUAACCGAGUUACACAUGAAAUCUAAAAAUGAAAAAACAAAAUUUUUAGAUGAUCUUCUUACCAAUUUGGAUAAUAUUCCAACAGAUGUAAAGGUUCAAAUGAUUUUGCCUGAACUUGUUCAGAAUAUUGAAAUAUCCGAAAAUUGUGUGAAAUGUUUGAAAAUUAUAUUAAUUAUUUCAAAAGAUAUGACUAGAGAGAAUUUUGAAAAAUUAGUUUAUCCAAACUUUUGUAAAUAUUUUUCACUGACUGAUAGAAAUGUAAGGUAUGUAUUAUUAGAAUGUUUUCAUAUGGUCGAGAAUCAUUUGAAUAGUAAUAAUAUGAAUGAAAUUUGUACUGCUUAUUUAUAUGGAUUUUUAGAUAACAACAUUUCGAUAAAAAACGAAACUAUAAAGAACUUCAUAUAUGUCUUUCCUAAAUUGAAAAAGGGAUUUAAAUCAUCAUCUUUGAAUGCUUUAUUAGAAAAUCUAAAGCAAAAUGAUUGUUGUAUAAAAACAAACACAAUUAUAUGUAUUGCUAAAAUAGCAAAAUAUAUAUUAGCAGAUAAGCAAAAUAUACUUGAAAAUGUGUAUCUAGUAGGUUUACACGAUCCUUUUAUUCAAACACGAGUAGCUACUAUUCAAUCCAUUAAAUUUACUUAUGAUCAGUUUAGUACUAAAAAAUUUGUUUCUAAUAUAUUACCUAUGUUAAUUAAAUUACUCAUUGAUGAUGCAAUGGAAAUAAGGAUUUGCGCAUUUGAGGCAUUAGACUAUAUUAUAGUUCAACUCAAAAAUCAUUUGUUAUUAGAGGGGAGUGGUGGUAUCAAUAAUAAAGGUACUACUAGCCAUGAUUAUAUAACUAUUCACAAUGAUACAAUAAGCCACAGUGAUAUAGCAACAGGUUCAAUGAAAACAUAUAAAUUCAUGGACAAAAUUAAAGACAUAAUUCAAAAUAAAGAUAAAUUAAAUGCGGAUCCAGAUGGACUUGCGGUUCAGGGAGAAUGUUUUAAUAUGAUCGGUUUAGCAGAAAAUGAUAUGGAGAAUAACAAGUAUAGAGCAUUCCUAAAUAGUACCGUUGAUGAGUUAUCACUAGGUAAAAAAGUCGAUAAGUCAUUACUAAAUAGCAGUAUUGAUAAAGCAUUCCUCAGCAAUAGCAUGAACAACCCACACUUGAACAACUGUGGGAAGAUGUAUAACAACGUGUACAAUAGUAGUAGGAGUAAUGAUAAAAUGGGGAACAGUAAAAAGGAAAACACAAACCAUGAUGAUAGUAGUGUUCACUUAUCAGUGGAUAAUUACAGAGGAAAUCAAUCCACUUUUAUUUUUUCGAAUAAAGAAAUGGCAUUAUAUAAUAAACAAGAAAAUAAUUUUACUUUUGAGGAAAAAAAUAUUAGGAAUAAUUACAGUGAUAGAGAUAUGAACAUUUGGGAUGGAAAAAAUGAAUUUGACAAUGAGCAUAAGGAACACUAUAAUGAUAAUAAUUACAAUGUAGAAAUUAUGAACACGUCAGAUCACAAGGGGAAUGGAGGAGUCAACACUUUUAAAGGUAAUUUUGAAAAGAGAUCAACAGAUAAAAAAAAAAAAAAAAAAAUUGAUUUAGAUAUCGAUGAUUUUUUUGAUGAAUUUGACCUAAAAAAAGAAAGCAGCAGUUCAAGGGUAAAACUAAGCUUGCUGUAG